UAAUAUAUGUACAAAUUGUAAAUCUACUAUUCCAUUUAAUUCUAACACAUGUGUUACAAGAAUUCUAUUUCCUCAUUGUAAAUCAACAAAUCCAAUACAUUUACGAACAUGUUAUAUUUGUGAAAAUGUAUUAAUACCAACAUCGACAUCACCAGAAAAACGAACUUCAAUUUCAAUUCCAACAAUAUCAAAACAAACUAAUACAAUGAUGAUAACAUGUUCAAAAUGUUUUCGUUUAAAUAAUCCUAAUGCUCGUUUUUGUGAUUGGUGUAGUGCAUGUUCUGAUCAUGCAUCUAUAUCAAUACAAUGUACAAAAUGUCAUACUAAUAAUGAUUCAUUUGGAAAAUUUUGUUCAACAUGUGGAUGUGUUCUUGAACCACCAUUACGUAUUAUUGAUACACGUCUUAAAAACAAUUUGAAUAUUUCAUCUUCAUCAAUGAUUGCUAGUACAUUAACACGUAAUUCAGUUAAUCCUGUAUGGCUUAAUGCAAAUACAACAUUGACUAAUUAUCAUCAAUCAUAUUCAACAAUUAAAAAAGAAGCGGCAACACAAACAUAUAGAAUUUAUUAUCCAAAAUUAAAAGAAUAUCGUCCAAUAUUAACAUCUACAAGUCCAGGAAAAGGAUAUUGGCGACAACAAUUAGAUCAUAUUUGUGCUCAUUUAAAAACUUAUGCAGUUAAUCGACCAGAUUUUCAAUCAUUGAUUGGUGAACCACGUAUGGGUAAUAUGAUUCAUGCAACUGUACAUGAAAAUGAAUAUCAAGUAACUAUACAAACAGUAUUUCGUAAACCAGAAAAUCUUUCACAAUCACCAUUUUUUAUUAAUAAAACAAAUGAAUAUUAUCCAAUAAAUAGUGAACGAAGUUCACCAUAUUCAAAUACAAUUUAUUCUGAUAAAGUUCAACGUUUAAUAAAAGAAAAAGCUGAUGUUAAUAUUAAAAAUAUAGAAGGUUAUACGAUUCUACAAUUGGCUAUACGUAAUGGAUAUUAUGAAUGUUUAGAAACACUUAUUAUAGAUGGAAAAGCUAAAUUAGAUAAAAAAGGACCACGAGGUAAUACAGCAUUACAUGAAUGUUGUUUACUAGGACUUGAUGGUGCUGAACCAUUAAGAAUUCGUCUCAAACAUGGAGGUGAUGCAUCUUGGUUAAAUGAUAAAAAUGAAAGUGUUUAUUGA